GGAGAUUCGGGAUUUGUAGGGCGAGAAGUGAUCCUCAUCCUGGAAUAUUAAAAAGCGAUUUAGGUGAGAGUUCCUGAGCUCCCUCCCUGUCAACAUGGCUGAAGCCCACUCCGCUGUGGCGUUCUCGUUCUCCGUCACCCAUGAAGGGGUCAAUGUGGACGUCAACCACGAGGCACUGAAGGCAGUGUUUAAAAGUGGUGUGAGAUCCAUCAAAAAGUCUCUCGGGAGAAUCAAGAACCAGAUAAAGAAUGGCGUGUACCCUGCCACCCCCAUGAGCUGGCUGUUUGUUCUAACUUUUGUGCUAGCUUUCAUCUUAGCGGGAGUGGAUCCAUCUUUUGGACUGAUCAAAUGGAUAAAAACCCACCUGCCAUGGUUGAAUACUGCACCGCCUCUUGUUGCAUAUUAUGGCAGCUGUAUAGUGUUUGCUACCUUAGUAUGGCUGGCCAAGGCAUUCAUUUGGAAAUACUUUCUACGCCUGCUUUUAAAUUACCACACCUGGAUGUAUGAAAGUCGUGGACCUAUGUCACUGAAAACCAAACUUUGGCUAGGCUUAGUGAAGUUAAUGGGAGGAAGAAAACCCCUCUUGAUGAGUUACCAAACCUCUUUACCUAAAUUAUCAGUACCAAGCAUCAACGAUACCAUGAGAAGAUACUUAAGAUCUGUCAGACCACUAUUAGAUGAUGAAAAAUAUGCCAGGAUGGAAAAAUUAGCCACAGAGUUCAAGGAAGGUAUUGGAAACAAACUGCAGCGAUACCUAUUGUUGAAGUCGUGGUGGGCCACAAACUAUGUCUCUGAUUGGUGGGAGGAUUAUGUUUACCUCAGCGGAAGAUCUCCUCUCAUGAUCAACAGUAACUUCUAUGCAGUGGAUGCAGUUUUCAUCCACCCUACUACCAAACAGGCGUCUAGAGCAGCCAAUAUUAUCUAUGCCAUGUUACAAUAUAGGAGAGAGCUGGAACGUGAGGAACUGAACCCUAUUCUACUUAACAAAACGGUUCCAUUGUGCUCAGCUCAGUAUGAACGUCAAUUCCAAACCACUCGUUUACCAGGACUGGAAAAAGACAAGAUAGUACAUUAUAAGGACAGUAACCACAUCGCCGUGUAUCACAAAGGCCGAUUCUACAAAGUAUACAUCUACUACAGAGGAAAAUUACUGCAACCUGUAGAAAUUGAGAAGUCAAUCCAGCAGAUUCUUGAUGAUGAUUCUACCCCUGCCCCUGGGGAGGAACACCUGGCAGCCCUGACCGCUGGGGACAGAGUCCCAUGGUACCAGGCUAGGGAAGAAUAUUUCAGAAAGGGCAAAAACAGGGCUUCUCUGGAUGCCGUUGAAAAGGCAGCCUUUUUUGUUACUCUUGAUGAUGAACCACAGAGUUAUGAUCCAAAAGAUCCCUCCAAAUUAAGCCAGUUUGGACGAGCCAUGCUCCAUGGGAAGGGAUAUGACAGAUGGUUUGACAAAUCCUUCACACUGGUUGUCACCUCCAAUGGCAGAGUUGGAUUCAAUGCUGAACAUUCUUGGGCUGACGCCCCUAUCAUGGCCCAUCUAUGGGAGUACAGUACGUUUGAGGACUAUUUUGUACAAGGAUACACAGAAGAGGGCUACUGUAAAGGGGAGAUAACUACUCCUCCACCCAAUCCUAUAAGACUGGAGUGGGAUCUGCCAAAACCUUGCCUACAGGUAAUUGAGAACAGCCUGGAGGCAGCCAAGCAGCUGAUAGCUGAUGUCGAUCUGGAAUUGUUGGUCCAUAACCAGUACGGCAAAGGAUUCAUGAAAGUCUGCCGGGUCAGUCCAGAUGCAUACAUCCAGAUAGCCCUGCAGCUGGCUUACUACAGGUUAAACAAGAAGUUCUGUCUGACAUAUGAAUCCUCCAUGACACGUCUCUUCAGGGAGGGCAGAACAGAAACCGUGAGGUCCUGUACAGUCCUGUCGUCUGAUUUUGUGAAGGCUAUGGAUGACCCAGAUAAAACAAGGGAAGAACGCAUUGCUCUAAUGAAGAAAGCUGCAGAUCUUCACCAAAUAAACUGUCGUAAUGCCAUGACUGGCAAGGGCAUUGAUCGCCAUCUCUUCUGUUUGUAUGUGGUGUCCAAGUACCUGGAUUUGGACUCACCAUUUUUGCAUGAAGUACUCAGUGAGCCCUGGCGACUCUCAACUAGUCAGACUCCUCAUCAGCAGACCAACAAAUUAGAUCUGACAAAGCACCCAGAGCACAUAUCAGCAGGGGGAGGAUUUGGACCGGUGGCUGAUGAUGGGUACGGGGUGUCCUACAUCAUUGCUGGGGAAGACUGUGUGUUCUUCCAUGUAUCCUGCAAAAACUCCUGUCCUACCACUAGUUCUAAGAAGAUGGUGAAUUCCAUAGUGCAAGCUUUAGCUGACAUAAAAACACUGUUUGAACAACAUUAAUGUUGAGGAUCAACUAGUGAUAUUUGUGUGGAAUCUAAUUUAUUAUAAAUCAGACAUUUAUUUUAGACUGUGUUCAGUAUACUGUGUCCAUAAUUUCUGUUCAGAUUUUACUAAUAUCAGAAUUUUUUUCUCAGGAUUAAAUUUUUAAUGUGACAGGGAUUACAAUAUCUUGAUAUUUAUAUUGGCAUUUGUUUUUCAAAUUAAGCAGAGGCAUAUUUAUGUAUAUAUAUUAAUCUUUUGGCAAAAAAUAUUUAAUUUCUUGUAUACAGUAAUUUAUGAUACCAAUAGUAAUUUGCAUGGUAAUAUUUCAAAAUUCAUUGUAAAUGCUCUCUGUGUACCCAAAUUAAUAUUUUACAAAUAUUACUAUGGAAUUGGACAUUGAAUUGCCAUAAUACAUGUACGCUUUUUGCUUUAAGUGGAACAACGAACAUGAGAAUAUGAAAUUCAUUGACGAUGAUAAGAUUUAUACAUUGUCUAUUAUGCCAAGCACAACUCUGAAGAAAAUAUUUUAGACUGAAAUAAUAGUAAAAUUAUACCUGCUGGAAGCUGUUUAUUUUCUGGGACCAUUUAUGUUCUUAUGGUACUAAAAAAAAAUUAAGGGCAAGGAUAAUAGUAUUUACAGUACUGUUUAAGAUUACAUGUACAUCUGAAGUUGUCUGAAUGUGCCUGCACCCUUACUUAUCAAUUAUACUUUGCUAGGCACUGUUACAACACAUUGUUUUCCUCCUAAAUUUAUUAAAUUCCUUGUUCUAGUUUUAAUUUAUUUAGCACAAUCAAUGCAAAUAUAUUGAUUUUACAAAAUUCCUUAUUUUUAUGUACCAAGUAAAUGAACAAUAUUCAAAUCAAGUUUUGAUGUUGUAUGCUAACUUGACAUCAAAGAUAUUUAAAGCUAGACAUUUAUUCCUACUUGCACACACACA